AUGUCAGCCGCAAAGACUGAGGAGAAGAAGGUCAUCAAAUUUGACGCGAAGGAUCUCAACCUUAAGCCAGAUGAUCCAAGGUACAAGUUGGGAAUGCAUUGCCUCGGCACAUAUUGGUCACAGGCAAUCUUACUCGAGACUCACGAACAAGAAGAAAUGGUCGGAUACCUGCGGAACCACGACUACUACUCGUAUACCACACCCUCUGCUAGAGUUACCGCCACUACCCAUAAAUUAUACCACGCAACCAUGCGAGCGUUCGAUGCCUCCGGCCUUGAAGGAUUGUCGAGGCCCAUUUAUCUCAUCUUGUCAUCGUUAUACAUCAGGUUGCCAAGAGAAUACCUCGAGUUGAUUAAAGAUCGUUUCGGUACCACCGAUGUCAUCAAUCAUGAGCAAGACUAUUGGAAGGCGAUCAGAAGGUCAGCCGCAGCCACCAAUGCCGCUACGAUCCGAAAUAAGGACAAAGAAGACGUCGCUUCUGGUGCAGGACAACAGGUAGCCGUUCUUGACCCGGUGGGACAGGUAAAGCAGAGUGUAGCUCUCGAGGAAGCCAAACGCCCUCGAGCACUCUCUGACAUUCCAGCCAUCGAACCCAAACGCACACGACGAGCAGCCGACAAUGGUGGUUUUGACAUCGACCAUGUAGUCGCUGGCGUCAAGUCGUCCCUCGCCAUCCAACGCUUUGCCAACGCUGCCAAACCCGCUUCGAUAGCAGCCGAAAAGCCGCGAAUGACGAACUCUGACCUCUUCGAAAUGAAGGAAGAUGUGAAGAUUGCCAAAGAAACUGCAAUGAGGAACGAGGCCAAGAUUGAUGCAGCCAGCACCAAGAUCGAUGGAGUCAGCACCAAACUCGAUGGCUUCAUUUCCGAGAUGCGUCAGUUUAUGACUGCCUUCGCAAACACGGCAGGUAUUCCGCUGCCAAUUGAAAUCGUCGACGAAAGCGACAAUGAUAACCACGAGUGA